AUGGGUUUUCUUUCUUGCACACCUGUGAACGCGUCAGGGAAGGUCUGUUCCGAGACCUUGUCCCGAUGGCCGUGUGGUCACCGGCGCCCCAUCUCCCUGGGCGUCCUCCGCACCUUCGGUGAACAAGGGCAGGAACUGAACGUUAGGGUCCAGGACUCACCUUCUCGGCUGUGGCUGGAAGGAGCGUGCCGGGAGCCGGGUGACCUUGAAAAAGUCCUGCCGGCUGAAGUGGGGCUCCAGAAAGCCAGGGCACACCCCAAGGCCACUUCGUUCCUCUGCCGCGGCAUGGACCCCAAGUACCAGUGUGACCUGGUGUCCAAGGGGGGCAGGGAGGUGUACCCGUACCCCAGCCCCCUGCACGCCGUGGCUUUGCAGAGCCCCCUCUUCACUCUGACCAAGGAGACAGCGCCGAGCGAUGGCCACUCGCCCCCGCGUCAGCCCCUCCCUGGCGCCACAGGUCCGAGCUCCGUUCGCACUGGACUGGUCCUCGAGGCUGGCCCGGCCAGAGCCUACAUAGAGAGGCUGCUGAGACUGCAGGGCCGAGGGCCCCUCGCGAGGGGCAGUGUGGGUGAGCGCGGACCCCCAGGACGGGAGGCGACCCUAUCCCCGCAGGGGCUCGGGGGCCGGAGGGCGGACAGUGAAGGUGGCCUGGAGAAGCCGCUGUGCGCCCGGGGCAGAGCAGAGGGGGGCGGGGAGGCCCCGGGCGGGGCCGCCCGCGGGGACAGCCUCGAGCCUCCGGGGCCUGUGCCCCUCGUGCGCACCGUGCACCCCAGCAGCCGCCCAGAGGGGGGCCCCAGACCCUCGCGCGGCUGCGUGCACCGGGAGGCCUGUCCAGGCUCCCCCUGGCUGGGCUGUGGCCAGGCCCCCGCUCCCUGCUCGCGGGGUCAGCAGCCAGCUCUCCACGGCUGCACGGGCAGAGGCAGGUCGCCGGGCGGGGGGGCGGGCGGGGAGGGCCCCUCUCGGGCCCCCGGACACUGCGUCCGCCCGCGCUUUGCUGCCAGAGGAGCUUCCCCCGCGGGGCCCCCCAAGGCCAAGCCUGUGAAGAUCAAGAGGGGGGCCAGCGACAAGGCGCUGAGGCUUGGGGGGCCGCAGCUUCAGUGGGGCGCCCUCGGGGGCCCCCAGCCGCCCCCUGAGUCGGGAGGUGGUCUCAGGAGGCCCACCCUGGCCAGGGAGGCGCCCGGCCGGUCCUGCUCUGAGUCCAGCCUCUACCCCGUGUCCCUCUUCGUCCCCCUGCUGGUGGCCCGACGAGAGGGUCACCAGGCGUCAGCUCACGCCUUGUUCCCCUUGGAAGCAGCCCCGCUGGUGGCGGCCGGCGGGGAGGCCCGGAGGAAGCAGCGCAGGUGGCAGUCCUCCGUAGAGAUCUCAGCCCGGGCCCGCCCGGACCCCAGCCUGGGGCCCCAUAGGCCGGCGGCCCGGAGAGGGGGCGGCCCGCGGCCCGUGUGCGCCAGACCCAGGCCCAGGCUGCCCCGCCAGGACGCCCGAGCCAGGAGCGGGUCGGAGGGCUCCGAGCGCUCGGCCGAGGGCGCGCCCCUCUUGCGCUCCACCGUCGCGGAGAGCAGCGGGGACGAGGCCAGCGACCACACGGCCAACCGCUUCGGGGACGGGGAGUCCAGUGGCAGCACCUCGGAGGGCGGCGGCCAGGGCGGGGGGAGCUCCAGCCGGCGGGCCCCGGCCAGCUCCAGGCCCCCCCUGCCGCCAGUGCCCAGGCUGUGCCGCGUCAAGGCCUCCAAGGCCCUGAAGAAGAAGAUCCGCAGGUUCCAGCCGGCCGCCCUGAAGGUCAUGACCAUGGUGUGAGGUCGCUGGGCGAUAGCAGGGCCCAUCCGGGCCCGGGAGCCACAGACACAAAGGGGCCUGUCGUGGCUGAGGACGGGUGCAGCCUCGCACGGUGUUAGACGUGCAGGUCUGUGUCAUCUGGACGCUCUGCUUUCUCCCCGAAGCUGCCCUUCCGAAGGAGUCCCCUCAGAGGAGAUGAUGGGCCCGUCCCUGGGCGCGUCGCCCCACAGGUUAGGCUGUGACUCUGGGCACGUCACCCCACCUUGGCCCCAGUGGAGACCUUCACCCAGAACUCUGGGAUUGCAGAUUUGUCGGGGCGCCGGCCUCCCAGCUGCCUGUGCCGUGAGCCCCGUGCUUGCUUCCCUCCGUCCUGUGCCACUUGGGCUGGGCGCUCGGUGUACCCCAGCCUGGAACAGUUUCUCCCCAAAAGCGUUCGCUUUAAGAAAUGUGCUCUGGAAACUGGGUUGGACCAUGAAUCCAGGUCAAACCCUCAACGUGAAUAAACAGCCGA